CUCCAGGAGACUGUAAAGAGGAAACUGGACAGCGCACGAUCUCCGCUCAAUGGAGAACAGAACGGUAUCUGUGAUGGAGGCAGCUACUCGCCGACUACCAAACGGGUACGGAAGGAGGGCCCCAGCGGUUUGGACUCACUAACGGGUCUCUCCAACAACAACAAUGUACCUCCCAUCUCUCCACUGCAUCACCAAAUGGACAUUAAGCCCUUACUUGGCGGGCCAAACACUUCCACCGGAAACAACACUUCAAACAGCAACGGCAACCACAUAGGUCAGGGGCCCGAUGAUCUUGGAAAGAAUGGUGGAAGCCAUCUCUCGGACAUGAAGCUGAAUGGCUCGUUGGACCUUGAGGACAGCUUCGGGCUCCUCAAAGACUUAAAACAGGAGCCCCUGGAUGACGGGGGUGGGAUGGAGUCCUCUGAUCCCCAGUCUCUUUCCAAUCAGAACAAACUGUUCUCCGACAUCAACCUCAAUGAUCAAGAAUGGCAGGAGCUGAUCGACGAGCUGGCCAAUACUGUCCCGGAGGACGAUAUGCACGACCUCUUCAAUGAGGACUUUGAGGACAAGAAGGAGGCGGAGUUCGGCAGGCCGGCAAACAAUCAUACACCGGGCCCACAAGAAGCAGCUGGGAACACUACAGCACCGCCAGCAGCAGCCCUGCCUCCACCUCCUCAGCCUGGAGGAGGACCCCAGGUGCCCAUGGGCUCUCCACAGGUCCGACCAUCGUCGUCAGGCCCUCAGUUUGCCACCACUGCCAACGGAACGCCUCCUCAGCAACCUUUGCAGCAGUCUCCAGCCGUUGCCAUGGCAUCAGGUUCCCCAUUGCACAACUGCGUGGCUCGCUCCCCUCAGACCCCAACCCAGGCUCAGACACAAGCAGUCUCUAGGCCAGCCAAUGGAUACAUGAUGAACCCAGGCCCGGGGGUCAGUCAAGCGGGCACGGGACCUGGAGCGACAGGAGUUGCACCUGGAGGUCAGCCUGUUGGGCCAGUGACACCAGAACUUUCUCCAGCAGAGCAGCUAAAAGCAAUGGCUCAGCAGCGUGCCAAACUGCUGCAGCAGAAGCAGCAACAAGCAGCUAACUGGUCCCCUGCAGGAGCUCCAACCAGUCCUUAUAACUCUGGUCCCUUUAACCAAGACAAACCCAACAGCCCCAUGAUGUACCCACCGCAAGCCUUUAACGCUCCACAGGGCCCUCUAGUGGCUGGGAUGACCCCAAACAAUGGGCCCAAAGCCCCCAUGAACAACUACCUCCCUCACAACCACAUGGGCAUGAUGGGCCAGCAACAGCCAAACAGCAUUAACCAGAACGCCAUGACCAAACAGCAGCAGCACACGGCAGCCAUGUUGUCGUACAACAACACCAAACCGCUGAGUCACUUCAGCGGCAGUGGAGUCGAUCACAUGGGCCAGAGGAUGACUCCCCCCAUGGGAGGGAACAAUCAGGUCAAGAACCCCAUGAUGCCUCCCUACAUGGGUGGUGGGGGAGGCGGCGGCCAGGGCGUGGGGCCGGGGCAGACCCAGGGGCCAAUCCCGGGACAGACGGCCCACCUGAGUGAGGAGCAGAAGAGGAUGCUGCUGAUGAAGCAGAAGGUGUUGAACCAGAACAUGCCCUACAGCGCCAUGCAGCCUCAUGGACAGGUAAGGCAAGGCACCUGUUGCUUCUUCACUUCGCUCAAGGAGGUUAUGAUUGCGGUUUGGUUUAACUGUUUGUCUGCAAGAUUACGGUAUGACUACUGGCACGGUCUUCUAGAAACUCUGUGUAAGCAAGCACCAAGGAUAGUGCUCUCUUAG